AUGAGGACAGGGAGGGUAACAUGCGCCGUAAAACACGCUAUCUUGUGAUCUUCGCUGCUCUCUGGCUUGUCGGAGUGGUUUACUAUGUGUACAGAUCUAAAGGAUCCCAGUCAGACACCUUCCUGAAAAUUAAAGAAAUACCUGAGCCACAAUGGCCUCAAGACACCCAGCUGAAGUUUGUUGGGCGUUCCAGAGAUGAUCCUGAGCCGGGGCAGGUGGGGUUGGGUGCAGUGGUUGGGGUGGAGCUGGAAAGUCAGGGAGACGCAGUACAGGAUGAGCAGGGGCAAGAGGAGGUGCCUGACCCCGCCCUCCAGGGUGUCCCCUGGGAGGAGUUUAACGAGAAGGCCUACCUGAGCAAAAAGGCACUGAAACCAGGAGAGGAUAAAUAUAUACGCAACAAGUUCAACCAAGAGGCUAGUGAUGCUCAGAAAUCCAACCGACAUGUUCCUGACACAAGAAAUAAGUUAUGUAAAAACAAAGAAUGGCCUAAUGACUUACCUGCUACAAGUGUUAUCAUUACCUUCCAUAACGAGGCUCGAUCCACACUCCUGCGUACCAUCAUCAGUGUUUUCCAAAGAAGCCCGGCUCACAUGGUAAAGGAAAUUAUCCUUGUUGAUGACUUCAGUGAAGAUCCUACUGAUGGUGAAGAACUUACAAUGAUGGCGAAAGUCAGGUUGAUACGAAAUAACCAAAGAGAAGGAUUGAUACGGUCCCGAGUGAAGGGAGCUGACAGUGCUACAGCCAAAAUCCUGACAUUUUUAGACAGCCAUUGUGAGUGUAAUGAGCACUGGCUGGAGCCCUUGUUAGAACGAGUGGCUGAGGACAGAACCAGAGUGGUCAGUCCCAUUAUAGACGUCAUAAAUAUGGAUAAUUUCAUGUAUGUUGGAGCAUCGGCUGAUCUAAGGGGAGGAUUUGAAUGGAAUUUGGUGUUUAAGUGGGACUAUAUGACAACAGAGGAGAGGAAUAAAAGAUCAGACAAUCCUAUAGCUCCUAUCAGGACACCGAUGAUUGCCGGAGGGCUGUUCAUGAUUGACAAGUCCUGGUUUGAGGAGCUGGGGAAAUAUGACAUGGACAUGGAUGUGUGGGGAGGGGAAAACCUGGAGAUAUCGUUCCGGGUGUGGCAGUGUCAUGGGAGCCUGGAGAUCAUGCCCUGCAGCCGUGUUGGGCACGUCUUCCGUAAACAGCAUCCUUAUACCUUCCCUGGAGGCAGUGGCAAUGUUUUUGCAAAAAAUACUCGAAGAGCUGCAGUGUGGAUGGAUGAUUACAAGGAGUUCUAUUUCUCUGCCGUGCCGUCUGCAAGAUAUGUGCACUUUGGGAAUAUUGACGAGCGCUUAGCACUCAGGAAAAGCUUGGAGUGUAAACCAUUCAAAUGGUUUUUGGACAAUGUUUAUCCAGAGUUGAAAAUUCCCAGCAAGGAGGAUGUAGCAUUCGGGAUGAUUCAGCAAGGCAGCAUGUGUGUGGACACGCUCGGCAACUUUGCUGAUGGCAAUGUGGGAAUAUACCAGUGUCACAACUCUGGGGGAAAUCAGGAAUUCUCUUUCACCAAAGAUGGACACAUCCGCCACUUAGAUCUUUGUGUUAGUUUGACAGACACUGAACCAGGAAGCCCUGUAAAACUGUUUUUGUGUUCGUCAGGCAGUCACAUGCAGAAGUGGGUUCGUAUUAAAGGCAAUUCUAUGUUCAAGCACAAAACCAGCAAUCUGUGUCUUGAUGGAUCCGAGAACACAAACAUUGGUCUAGUGGUGAAGACCUGUGACUACAAAGCGGAGACGCAGAAGUGGAAGUUUUCUGUCAGCAAACUGCACAGGUUAUAAUGAUCAUUUUGAAUGAUAAGACAAAAGGAAUAAGUAGAUUGAUGCCUUGAGUUUUGUCACCAUGGUGACAGAUACGUGUACAGUUUAUUCACGGAGAUGGGUAUGCCAAAAUUUGUUCCCCAACUUUUUUUAUUGGAUGAGAGGUUUUCAUGGGGGCAAAUUUUGGGGUUUAUUUUGUUGAAUAUGUGUCAUGUGGUUUGUGCAAAUAGAUAUAAACACUGCAAUAGUGAACAGUCCCAACCUCCACACAGGAUUACUUCCCCUUGCUGUACAUAUUCAUACAUCUGCCUGUGUGUGUGUAUGUGAAGGAGUGGUGAAAAAAAUUACAUACACGUAUGUUUAAAAUGCCAAAAUAUUUUACAUUUGUAUCUUUUUGAUUAAAAAUUAAACUUCGCUGGGGUGACAGAUGCAGUUGCCAAACAGCUAACAAAUGUUCCAUAUUGUAACGGAGGCAAGUUUUACAUGAACACUUCAUACAGUAUUAUUACACUUUCAGGGCCCUUUUCCCCAAAACUUUGUAGAUCUGUUUUUCAUAACUUUUCUUAUAAAUCAGGUUGCCUUAUGGUGCUAUAACCUAGACAUUUUAUGGAAAAAGUUACAGGAAAUGUGACUCACAAAGUUUUGUGGUAGUGUACCCUGGAUAUAGCACAGAUUCUAUUGUUGAAGGUUUCAAACCCACCCAACUGAUUGUCACAUUUAUGGUCUAGAUAGCUUGACAUUAAACCCAGAGUGGUUUGGAUCUUUAAAAAAUAGUGUUGACCUGAAAGACGGACAGUAAAAAAAAAAAUUCCAUCUAAAGCUAUCAAAACCUUUUCUUGGAGGGUUGAUAAAGUGAUGCGAAACCUGAAAACAAAUUUAUUUUUAUUGGUGGCCUUGGCCCAAUUUCUCAAAAAUAAGAACCUGUAGUAUUUACAGAAAGUGUAAUCCUCAACAGUGAUCAUACAUUUUAUACUUUAACCACUGUUAAAAUGUCACCCACCAAUAUAAAGUGUUAGAGUGGUCUUUAUCUCUCAGUUUAGAAUUAGAAUGGAAAUGAAAGAUGAAUAUUACAAUUGGAUACAUGCAUUUCCAACCUGGGAGAGUUGCUCCAUCAUUGACGUCAUAUUUUGGAUGUAAUGGAAGCUCUUGGAAGAUGGCUCAACUCUGAUGCUGUAUAUGUCAUUUAUUAAAGCUGGACAAGACCCAGUGUUCCAUAUGAAAAUGGUCUGAUCAUCAAUUUUUAAAUUUUUGGAAAAAUUAAUACACGGUGUAUAGAGUUUGUUUUUUCAGAUUUUUCCAAAUUGGUUGUCUCUCUUGUUUCCUGUGACGACCUGUAUGUUCAAAGUUGUAUUCUGCUUCAGGGUAGUCACUGGGUGUGAUGUGAAAAGAAUGCAACAGUAGACAUUAAAAUAUAACUUUUUUCAACUCUGAAGAAUCAUCAGGGAAAUUCAUUUUUUUAAUUGCUUAGAAUGUUUAAUUAAUUAAUUAAUUAAAAUCAGUUUUUAAUGAAAAUAAAAUUUAAAUUUCAGUCCUAAUUAAAGCCAGUCCCUGAUAUUGAAAUAUAUGUGCAAUGCAUCCUGAGUUUGAAAGCAAAAUCAUGUGUUCUUGUGUUCCAUUCAAGAACAUUAUUAAAACAUGAGAAAUGAUGUCAUGUAGUUGGCCAUUUGGAUAGUCUUGACAAUGUACAGAGAGGCACUACCAUUGUUACUUAUUUGAUUUACGUACAAAAUAGGUCAUGUAUUUGUAUAUCUACUUACUGAAUACCAAUAUUUGACAGUUGUUAAAUUCUUAAAUCAUCAGUAUGAUGGUGCUGUUAAAUAUUUGAAGCUUUAAUUGGUCGUUGAUCGUAAUGAGUGCCAUUGUUUUUUUAUCCGUGAUAGAUAGUAAGAUGAUCACUAAUUGUUUGGUUACUAUAUUCAUAAAUAAUUGUCUUUUAUAUCACACUUUGUACAAUGGAGUGUGUUUUAUGUACAUGUGUUUACAAAUGUUAUUGUUGUCAUGGUAAGUGAGCAGUGGAAUUUGAUAUUUUUUGUUUUUUUGUUCACAUUAUUCAGUGCAUUCAAAUCAAGUCAUUUUGUACAGGUACACUGUGUGUGAUUGUGACAUUAAGGUUUUGCUCAUAUUACAGUUCUGACUAACAACGCAGCACCUGUCCCACCUGAAGUAAUUCAGGCCAAAGUUGUGUAGUUUAUUGUUCAUAAAACAUCCCGCCUUUUAUGAGGACAAUGUGAUGUAUUACAACAGUUCAGCAGUCAAUCCGGCAUGGGCUCUGUCAUCUUUGUGUUGGAAAAAGCACACUGUUUAUGUACUGAUAUAUCGGCGUGGAAAUUUGUCUGUGUAAAAGGCAAAUCAUGUGCAAACUUGAGGAAGCAACAUUGUUUUUUCUUAUGUACAAGUACACUGAAAAGCGUUCAACCCAGGUUUUAAAAUUGGCACAAAUGGAAUGACAUUAUAUAAAAUAUGGCAAAACUGGUACGUACUACC